AUGGCUGCCCGCAAGCGACCUGCUGCCGUCCUCGACGCCGGCCACGGCCACGCAGCGGCUCAACAUCAACAAUCGCCGACGUGCUGCAAGAGGAGCCGCGCCUCCAUCGGGACCACCGACGACUACGAGAAGGUGGCCCGCCUAGGCAAAGGCGGCUUCGGCGUCGUCCUCAGGAUGCGCCACCGCGUCACCAAAAAGAACGUGGCCGUCAAGUUCCUCUCCUCCCCCGACGUCGAAGAUCUUGAGCGGGAGGCACGAUUCCUCGAGGCCUGCAACGGAAACCCUUACGUCGUCGGCUUCGAGGGCCUGGUGUGCGAUCCGGCCACCGGCGACACCGCCGGCCUCGUCAUGGAGUACGUCGAGGCGUCGAGCCUCCACUCUUUAUUGUGGGACAGGCGCAGCGACCCGCCGCUCCCAGAAUCCACGGUGCGCGACUUCAUGUGGAAGCUCCUGACCGGCGCCGAAAAGAUGCACGCGCACGAGCGCCACCUCGUCCACCGCGACAUCAAGCCUGGCAACAUCCUCGUCGGGAAAAACGGGGAGCUCGUCAAGAUUUGCGACCUCGGGCUGGCCAUGUCCAUGUCCGACUGGCCCCCGUACAACCGGGCCGGCACGACGUCCUACAUGGCGCCCGAGAUGAUCCUUGGCAAGAAGGACUACGACGCGCAAGUGGACACGUGGUCCAUCGGCUGCGUCUUUGCCGAACUGCUCACCGGCAAGACGAUGUUCAAGGGCUACCUCGAAGAUGACGACGAAGACAAGACGAAGAAUGACAUAAGGCAGCUGUGGAGCAUCUUAUGUGUGCUCGGGAUGCCGGACGAGAGGACGUGGCCAGGCUUCACCUCGCUGCCGCUCACCGCGGAGGCGCUGCGACGGCUGCCGGCGGGGUGCAAGUACAGCCGGCUGCGGUGUUCUUUCCCUGAAGACAAGCUAUCCGAGGAAGGAUUUCAGGUGUUGCAAGGGCUCCUCACAUGCAACCCCGAGAAGCGACUGACGGCAGCCGCGGCGCUGAAGCAGCCAUGGUUCGAUGCUCCUCGUUCCGCCGCCGCCGCCGCUGCGAAGGUCGACCCUCUGCCGUUUCCGGUAAAGAGGGCACCAAGGAUCAAGUUCAUCCCAACGGCCAUGCCCCAGAAGAAUCUACUCAAAAUUCCACUGGCCGUGUGGAACGCAGCGCAAAAAGUGCAAUGA